AUGUCAACAAGCAACACAUCCUCCAGUCACUCAAUCGGCGAACAAAUCAAAUCUGGCGUCAAAGGCAUCCACGGCAUGGGCGAAGCCAUCCGCGGCACCGUCCUCAGCGAAACAGACAAGGCCUUUGGUACCGCCAACACAGCCGAGAACACCAAGAACGAGCAGAUUGCGCAAAGGGGGAUGAGCGAUGUGAAAGCGUUUGACAACAAUGUAGGGCAGAACCAUGGUGUGGGUGAAAGUGGGAGCACUGCGUCCGCGACGGCGACGGCAAACACUGUGCCUGCGACGAGUGCGGGGGCGCAUUCAGUGGCGCCGGGGAGUAUUGGGUCGACGGGGAGUACAGUUGGACAUGGGACGGCUGGGGUGCAGGAGCAGCCAGGUGUGAAUCAGAGGUUUUGA